CUACAAACACGUGGAAUUCGUAACAUGUCUGUCAACGAUAAGAUGGACGAAAGUGAAAAUGAUAUGGAAACAGAUUCUGGAGGAGAGAAUUGUUCAGAAGAUCAAAAUGCUUCAAUCAAAACAUAUCUUCCAGGACAAGCAAUAAAUAAUGACGAAGAACUCGUAUGCGAUGAAUCAACAUAUGUAUUAUAUCAUCAAGCACAGACAGGUGCACCUUGCCUUAGCUUUGACAUAAUUCAGGAUGAUCUUGGUGACAACAGGACAGAGCAGUUUCCACUGACAGCCUACAUUGUAGCAGGAUCACAGGCAGAAAGAUCUCAUGUUAACAACUUGAUUGUCAUGAAGAUGUCUAACAUGAACAAAGUGAAAGCUACUGAGAAAGAUGAGGAAGAUGAAAGUGACAGUGAUAGUGAUGAUGAGGAUCAAGUUCCAGAACUUGAAUGUGCUUUAAUUCAUCACCAUGGCUGUGUGAAUAGAGUUAGAGUGACAGCUAUUAAUAAUCGUCCACUUGCUGCAAGUUGGUCAGAAAUGGGAAAAGUCUAUAUUUGGGACUUAUCUCAUCCUCUUCAAGCUGUAAAUGUUCCACAUGUAAUGGCUUCGUAUGUUCGGAAUAACGAAGCUCCCAAGCCACUCUUCACUUUCACUGGUCAUCAGUCUGAAGGAUUUGCUGUUGAUUGGUCUCCAACUAAACCAGGUGUUUUAGCCACGGGUGAUUGUAAGAAAAACAUCCAUCUAUGGAAGCCUCUUGAAGGAGGGACAUGGCAUGUUGACCAGCGAGCCUACACUGGACACACAGCAUCUGUAGAGGAUCUCCAGUGGUCUCCCAAUGAGCCAUAUGUUUUAGCCUCUUGUUCAGUAGAUAAAUCUAUUCGUGUGUGGGACAUGAGAGCUGCUCCUCAGAAGGCUUGCAUGAUAACCACUGAAGAUGCUCAUGAAUUAGAUAUCAAUGUCAUCAGUUGGAACCGCAAGGAACCUUUUAUAUUGUCUGGCGGUGAUGAUGGGGUCAUCAAGGUCUGGGAUCUUCGACAGUUUAAAAAAGAAAGUGCUGUAGCAACAUUCAAACACCACACAGCACCCAUUACUUCAGUAGAAUGGCAUCCAACUGACAGCACUGUUUAUGCUGCUUCUGGUUCUGAUGACCAGAUCUCCCUGUGGGAUCUAGCUGUUGAGAGAGAUGCUGAAGCUGAAAGAACAGCACAAGAAGAGGCAGAAUUAGCAAACCUUCCACCCCAGCUGUUGUUCAUUCACCAGGGACAAACUGAAAUCAAAGAGUUACACUGGCACCCUCAGAUGCCUGGGGUUAUAAUUAGUACAGCCUUAUCUGGUUUUAAUAUUUUUCGAACCAUCAGUGUUUAAAAGGAAUGUAACUUUUAUUUCCAUGUAAUUCGAAUGUAUAUAAAAAAUUGUUGUCUGGUUAAA